GGUGCGGUCUACUUUUCUGUUGACCAAUUGAAGACGUAACAUUUUGAAACAAGGAAGGCGGUACAGCUGCCGGCCGUUUUGUAGUCUUGAUUGAAAAGGGAUUGUCGGCUGCUCGGUUUCGGAAACAACAAGAGUACUGUAGCACCUAUCUAGCCGUAGCGAUGACGGGGUCGAACGAGUUCAAGCUAAACCAGGGGCCGGAGGACAGCAUCUCUGCGGUGAAGUUCAGCCCCAGCACUGCCCAGUUCUUACUGGUGUCCUCUUGGGACUCUACUGUCCGACUUUUUGAUGUUGGUGGCAACUCCAUGAGAAUGAAGUACCAGCACUUAGCCCCUGUGCUUGAUUGUGCAUUUUAUGACCCCACCCAUGCCUGGAGUGGGGGGCUGGACAUGCAGUUGAAAACCCAUGAUUUAAAUACAGACCAGGACACGAUAGUGGGGACUCACGAUGCCCCCAUUCGUUGCGUGGAAUACUGCCCAGAAGUUAAUGUCAUGGUAACGGGGAGCUGGGACCGGUCUGUUCGGCUCUGGGACCCACGGACCCCCUGCAAUGCUGGGACCUUCACCCAACCUGAAAAGGUGUAUACACUUUCUGUGGCGGGGGACCGGCUGAUCGUGGGAACGGCGGGCAGGAGGGUCCUCGUCUGGGACCUGAGGAACAUGGGAUACGUGCAGCAGAGGAGGGAGUCGAGCCUCAAGUACCAGACGCGCUGCAUCCGAGCCUUUCCCAACAAGCAGGGCUACGUCCUGAGCUCCAUUGAAGGUCGGGUUGCAGUGGAAUACCUGGACCCCAGCCUGGAGGUUCAGAAGAAGAAGUACGCCUUCAAAUGUCACCGACUGAAGGAGAACGGCAUCGAGCAGGUCUACCCUGUGAACGCCAUCUCCUUCCAUAGCGUUCACAACACCUUUGCCACAGGGGGCUCGGACAGGUUCGUGAACAUCUGGGACCCCUUCAACAAGAAGCGGCUGUGCCAGUUCCACCGCUACCCCACCAGCAUCGCCUCGCUGGCGUUCAGCAACGACGGCUCCACCCUGGCCAUCGCCACGUCCUACAUGCAGGAGCAGGGCGACAUCAGCCACCCCGAGGACGCCAUCUUCAUCCGCCAGGUCACCGACGCCGAGACCAAGCCCAAGUGACCCCCCCCAGCCCCUGACCACACGUCCGGUUUGCUCUUUGCCGUCAUGAAGGUCACUCGCGACCAGGUGCACACACAACCUCCACUGCAGGCUUUUCUGACGUGUGUGGUGACACACGUAAAAUACCAUUACUUUCCCCCUGCUAAGUUUAUUUCUUUUCAUUUGCACACUAGAUAACACCACGUGCGAUCUUAACUACAGGAUGUAGAGGUUUCUCAACACAGGGAGACAGCUUGGAUGUGGUGUUGAAUUAUUAUAUUUGCUGGAACACUUUAUGCUGGACAUUGACUGUGAAAUAAAUGUAAACACAGGGACUUAAUUUAUUAUUCUUAUUCUUAUUAUUGUUAUUAUUGUUGUUGAAUUGCCCUGCUAAUAUCAUGCUUUGAUGCAGGAUUUUCUCUGAUGAUAAUAAUAAUAAUAACAAUAAUAAUGCAUUUUAUUCAUCAGAUUCAUUUCUUCACAGUCGAGGUAACAUUGUAUUACAGUUUGUUGUGCUGUAGAAUAUUUUGAUUGACAGGCGUGAUCAACAAAGCAUUUUUUCCACGUUCCAAGAGGCUUGUUUAUUUCAGUAAUAUUUUAUUUAAACUGCUUGACCUCUGCGGGUCUUUAGGACAAAGAUCUUCAGUUUGUGUCUAAGACCUGAAUUCAGUGGAUGUAAGUAAAUCUCCAGAAGAUGACAUCACUGACAAGCGCAUCUCCAGUACCGUGUUUAUUAUGCAAUGAAAACACUGCCAUCGAUGGUGGGCAGUGACAAGGUGUCCUCUUUUCAUAACCCCCCCCCCCCGUCGGAGAGCGGUUGAUCCCGAGGCAGGCGCCGGGGGGGGUGGCGGACCGGCCGCCUGCAGAUAACCUGGUGACGAGACGCAGAGCCGCCGCCCCGCUCCUGACAGUACAUUUAAAGCAAUCGCGGUGCAUCAAGACAGGCAACUCUCUGGACCCGUUUCUGUCUCUAAGUGAGUUUGAGAGGACCGUAACGAGGUUGCCAAUGCCGCCUCGGUCAUUUACCAGCCCGAGCGCUGCCUCCUUUUAUUGGCUAAUGGUUAAAAAGCUUCGCUGAGCCAGACGAGGUAUACCCCCCCCCCGCCUUUGAUUCUGUUUAAUAUCAGACAUUAAUGGAUCUUUUUUUGUCUGAGGACUCUUCAGUCCCUGAGCUCGGCUAGCUCUAGCUACAGUAUUCAGCACGCCACUGGACAGGUAGAAAUGUUUAACGAGAAGCAGUAUGCUGGAGCGUUCACCAAGAAGGUCUUUCUGAGCAGAAGAGGUUUCAUACUCAAGAGAGAAUUAUUCAUAACUUUCCCAUUAGGUCUCUUCUGGCCUGAAUAGUCUGCUAAAUACUUCAAAGAAUUAAUCGGUGACAGACAUUUGAAAGGAAGGUGCACAAUCAAUGUGGCAUUCAAAUCUUUCAGCAGGGCUGUUUUGCCGAGCUUUGUGGUUUGCUGCUUUCAUUUUACAAUAUUUCAAGUGAGUGCCGUGUAUUUUAUUAAUGUGAGUGUAAGUUCGAUGUGGGCCCUUGUGAAUGUAUUAAAGGAGCUUUUGGAGA